AUGGCAGCUAGAAGAGCAGUAACUGAGGGAGUCCUCUAUGAUGAUGACUCAGAUGAUUUACCAAUAGAUUUAAAUCAACUUGAUGACGAUGAUGUUUAGAAUGCUCUUGCUAUGGCCUAUGCUAUGCAAUAAGAUAACGAUGACGAUGAUAAUGAUGACUAAACACAUGAAGAGGAUGAUGAAGAAUAUGAUGGUUAGGAUAAGGAAGGAAUGCCUGCAGAUUCAGAUGUAGAUGAUAUAGAUUAUAAAAAUUUCAAGGGAAUAUAUUUCAAUGAUGAUCCUAACAGGAAAUAUCAAUGCCCAGAAACUGGAGCUCACUUUGAGUAUUAUGAUUUGUGCAAGCGCAUGACUAAAUUAAAAGAACUAAGAAGGUAAAUUGAUAAGGAGCUAGGGCUCGAAACUACUUCUGAUACACCAAAGUAAACCAAUAUCAAUAAUAAUGUUAAGAAAUCUGAAUCAACUCGAUCCAAGCAAGCCUAGCCCAACAUAAAUAGCUAGAGUAAUAACAGAAAAAGUAUUGGCUAGGGUUAGAGUAAUCAACCGCAGUAGCCGCAAUAGAAUCAAGUUAACAAUGUGUCAAAUACUGUAGGUGGGAUAUAAUUAUAAUCUUAGAACCAAGUUACUUCACUUUAGCGAAGACAAAUAAGAGGGUAUAACUAAAAUGAUUCGCAAAGCAAUCAACUUAAUCUGGUGGUUGGUGGAAUCAAUGCAAACUCUCACCUUAAUCAAUAGCAACUGGCAGAAAAUAUGAAGAUAGAUUGGUUAAGUGGUAAGAACAUUUAGAACUACAUUAAUGAGCUCAAGUAGAAAAUGGGAGUCAAUAAUAACUUUAGAAGCAAAUCUCAUGAAAAAGCAUAAAAUUUGCUAGUUGAUAAAAAUCAAUCAUAACGAGGAGUGGCUGUUCCUCAUCAUUAAUAAUAGUAGCAACAAUUAUUUCAAAAUUAGCAGUAAAAUCUAGCUUUGAUCUAGCAAAUCUUGAACUAAUAAAAUCAGAAUUAGUAGCAACAUAGAAAGAAGGGCAGUUAACAUUAGCAAUCAGAUAUGAAGAAAUUGCAUCAAAAUUAGCAACCUCACAUUAUUGUUUCAGGUUCUAAUAAAGAUUUACUCAUCAAUAAGUCACCAGAUGUCUACAACAAGAAAAGCAAAAGAAAUGAUUUAGUAAGUGCGGGAGCAAAAAGAGCUUCAGGAGGAGUUAAUGCAUACUCUCUUGAAAGGAAAAACUUUGAGCCAAUGAAUGACGUGUAAAAUUUGACUAAUGCUUAUAACGAUCAUAUAAACUAAUAAUCUGCUGGGAGAUAAUUCCGAAACUCGAAUUAUUCAAGCAGUGCCACAAAAUAACAACCUCAGAUUAUUUAUAAUUAGUAGUAGAUGUAAUCUUCUAUUUAGCCCUAGCUAUAAUAGUAAAUCGAUACUUUCUAUAAAAAGGCAUAAGGUUAAGUCCUAAGAUAAAGUUAAUAGACAUCUUAUGGAAAUGGGAAAGUUGAAUAGUAAGUUUAGCGAAAAACUAGAAACUCUCAAGGAUUUUCUGGUGCUAUGAGUCAUAAUAAUUAAAGCAAUUCAAUUACUCAUAGUAAUAACAACAAUAAAAUAAUGGGAGCUGAUGAGUUAUCUCCAUACUUUGUCAAGUAAAAGUAACCUUCUGCUUUGACUUAGUAAUAGCAAAAAUAAACUAAGAAAAAGGCUUAGCUAAUAAUUGAUUCAAUUGAUAUAAGUGGAGGCAUUGUUUCAUCAAAUAAUUAAUAUUCUCGAAACAACCGAGGUGGCAUUCAUGACGUUAAAACUAGUUAUUCUUAAAAGACCUAGGAUUUACUCUAGAGUGUACAAAGGAGCUCGAAUUUGAUAAAUAGCAUUAAAAAUGGAAAGAAUUUACUGACAAGCGCUCAAUAAAAGAGAGUCACUUCAGGUAAUAUGAACUAUCGAAAAAGUUUUGGUGGUCCAACUGUUACAAAUGGCUCAAUACUGCAGCCAUCAGUUAAUCAUCAUCAAUAAUCAGUUCAUCAGCAAAAAGAAUCUAUUACUUCUAGUGUAAAAAUAAGACCUUAAACGAGUGGUGGGCCAGGAAAGGUCAAAUAGAGCUCUCAGGAUUAAAGACAACUAGCAUUAUUAGGGAAGAAUGAUAGAAGUAGAUAACCGAAUAUAUCAUCCAUUCCUUCAAACUAAUUGCAGAAAUCCUUCAACAACGGAGCAAGCAAUCUUUCAAUGGGUGGUGGAGGAAGCAUCAUUAACUAAUAAUAACUAUUCUAUCAUAAUGCAGUAGUUGGGAAUCAAUAUUUUGUCAAUAAAUCAAUUGGAUCGUUUAAAAGCUGA